GGCGGCGGAUGUCCGUCGGCUCCCUCGCGAGCUGAGAUCUAAGAACUUAUUCUCAACGGCCGUGGUCGUAGGUCCUCAUAUUCAGCUUGUGGUAUACGUCCUUCUACGGCCUGUCAACGAAGAUGCUCCCUCCUCUCCGGCAAAUAGCUCGUCCUGCGGCAUUUGCGCUUCGCGCGACCCGUCGGCCAACAGCAUAUGGAGGCGCUAGACUCGCCCCGUUCGCUCGGACGAUUGUCACGAAAAGGUAUACACAGGACCAUGAGGCGGUGGUGUUUGACGACAGCACGAUGAAGGGCACGGUGCACCUCACCAACUAUGCCCAGUCGAGCUUGGGAGACGUCGUCUUCGUCGAGUUGCCCACGGAAGGGACAGAGGUCGCCCAGGGUGACCAGAUUGGUGCAGUGGAGAGCGUGAAGGCUGCUUCGGACAUCGUUGAGUGUUUUCACCGUGUUGCGCGCGUCUUUCACUCAUGCAAUAUCGCCUUGCUAUCCCAGUACGCUCCCGUAUCAGGAGUGGUGGAGGAGUCACCUGAGGACCAGGGUUGGCUAUGCCGGAUCAAAGUCAAGGAUGCUGCUGAGGUCGAAAAGCUGAUGGAUGAGGAGGCGUACAAGGCACACUGCGAGUCAUGAGCACACAACUUGCUAUCAUGACAUCGUACACUCGGCAUCAACUGCCGUAGACUUUGCUGCCGAGGCGCUGGCUUGCUGUUCUCAAUGCAGCGUAGAGCAUUAUGUAUAUCACACAAUAAUAUGGGA